ACGCCUGUCCACAACGUUUAUUUUUUAUUUUUUUGUUGGGUGUUCAAAAUUCUCGCAUGAUCCAAACACCGCAUAGCCCAACACUUUCCCCGCCUCGUUUGAAUCCUCAAACCAUUUCUUCCACUGUUCAGUUCCACUCCUUCGAUCUGCACAUGCUAAUCUAGAGAGAGAGAGAGAGAGAGAGGACAUGGCCGUGAUUAGCAGAGAUCGAACGGACAAAGAUUCCCCCGUCCACGACCCUCUCCUGCCAUGGCUCCGGUCAAUUAAGAAAUCGCUUGAUGCUCUCAACUCAUCCGACCAUGGCGGCACAGAUCUCGAUGAGCUCAUAUCAAAUUGCAUCAGGACAUUCAAGACUGACGGACGGUACCGAAACGACGUCAGGUUUCUCAAGAUAUGGUUUCUACAUAUGGAUGCUAGCCCUGAUUUCGAAAGCGUUUUCAGAGAAAUGGAGCAGAAUCAGAUGUGUGUGAACAAUUCUAUGUUGUACGAGUCAUAUGCGUUGUUUCUGGAAGCAAAGGGGAAGUUGACUGAUGCACUUGUGGUUUAUCAAUUAGGCAUUUCAAGAAAUGCUGAGCCACUAGAGAGGUUGAAGAAGGCAAAGGCUUUAUUCUGCGAUAGAAUGUCUGAAAUAGUAAAUGCUUGUUCACUUGAGAAGAAGGGUGAUACUGGUUCUAUAGAGAAUGAUAAAAGUUGUAUUAAUCCAUGGUCAAUCUCGAUUGUUAAGGAUCUAUUGCGGAAGAUGCAUUCUGAAAUAUCAAAAUACGAUGGAUACCAUUCAAGUACUAAAGCUUAUUCGGGAAAAGUGGCCUUGUCUUCUUUGCAAAAAUCAGCAAGGAAUAAAGUUGUUGAGAUAGGUGGAAAGAAAUACCAGAUCAAAGGCUGUGCAGGCCAAGGUGGAUUUGCUCAAGUGUUCAAAGCAUAUGUGAACAGUAAUCCUGAUGAUGUUGUUGCGUUGAAGAUACAAAAGCCAGCUUUUCCUUGGGAGUUUUACAUUUAUCGUCAACUUGAUAAACGGAUCCCUGAUAAGGAGAGGUCAAGCUUUGGUUGUGCGCACAGAGUUCAUCUGUAUUCUGACUACAGUAUACUUGUCUGUGACUAUUUAUCACACGGGACACUCCAGGAUGCUAUAAACUCUAGUGUGGUGAUUGGCGAGUUCAUGGAAGAAGUUCUAUGUAUGUACUACACAAUAGAGAUGCUUUACAUGCUGGAAACUCUGCAUUCUGCUGGCAUGGUUCAUGGUGACUUCAAGCCGGAUAAUCUGCUUAUUCGCUAUCCUAGGGAUGACCUUACCGAAGAUGGUUUUCGUGACCGUACAGGCCCUUGGCUUGAUCAGGGGCUUUGUCUUGUGGAUUGGGGGAGGGGAAUAGACCUGAGUCUUUUUCCUGACAAGACAGAGUUUAAGGGAGACUGUCGGACUUCUGGUUUUCGUUGUGUCGAAAUGCAAGAGAACAAGCCCUGGACUUUCCAGGUGGACACUUAUGGCCUCUGUGUCAUUGUUCAUAUGAUGCUGCACAAUUCAUACAUGGAAAUUGACAAGAAAUCAUCUUCCGAUGGUGGCUAUUUGUAUCUGCCCAAAUCAUCCUUCAAACGCUAUUGGCAGGUUGAUCUGUGGAAGAAUCUUUUCACGAAACUGCUUAAUGUGAACCCCAGUGAGAAUCAUAAGGAGUUAUUGAAGAAUUUGAGGGAGUCAUUCCAGGAUUACAUUUGCUCAAAUCCUUCACUGAUAAAAAUGCUAAAGCAGUUACUGGUGAAGCAAAGAACUUCCUUGUGUUCUGCUUAGUCCAUUUCCGACAAAUAUUUCUCCAGAUCUUCGUCCAAUCCUGCAACGGUGGACGUUAUUUCUGAUGAUCCUUCCAAUUGUCUGUGUGUACAGCAAUACAUAUGGUCCCCUGCUUGUGUGUCGACAAGCAAACUUGAGAACCUGACACUUUUUCAUUGAUCACAUGAUUUAUGGCUCAUGCAUAACUUCUUGUUGUUCAAUCAAUUGCUUUUCAUUUGCUCGACC